AUGACUGGCACGGCUCAAAGCGAAGCCAAAGAGUUUCGGGAGGUUUACGGCAUGGAAGUCAUUGCCGUUCCUCCUUAUCGUAAGUUAAUUCGAAAAGACCACGAUGCCUUAAUUUUCCUUAAUAGAGAAAGAAAAUAUAAAGCUAUUAUCCAAAAAAUUAAAAAAAAUGUGCAAACCACCGGACGACCAAUUUUAGUAAUUUGUCCGAGUGUUGAUGUUUCGGAACAAAUAUCGAAUUUACUAAGCCAAGAAAGAAUUUUCCACAACAAAUUAAAUGCGGUGAAUCAUGAGGAGGAGGCUAAAAUUAUCUCUGCGGCGGGAAAAAUAGGUGCUGUAACCGUCGCCACUAAUAUGGCAGGACGAGGCACCGAUAUUAGUUUGGACGAAGCCAGUCGUCGAGCUGGCGGUUUAUUAGUCAUAAUUGCGGAAAUGAAUUCCAUUCUCCGCAUUGAUAAUCAAGCCCGCGGUCGAUCCGGACGACAAGGCGACCCCGGCGAAACUCAACCUUAUAUUUCUUUGGAAGAUGAUUUAUUGAAAAAUUUUGACCUCCAAAACAAACUCGGCGGUUUUGUGGGCCAGCGGCAAUUAAAAACGGUAUUUCAACAACCAUUAAGCGGAAAAUUAUUCAAUUAUCUUAUCUCAGAACCCCAGGAAACUCUUCGUAAUAUACACUCGGCUAGUCGCCAACGAACUCUUAAUUACGAUUUACUAAUCAAUCGGCAAAGAAAAAUUGUUUAUGAUUAUCGAGAAAAGUUAUUAACCAGUUCUCAGCCCGAAAAAAUUGUUUCCCCGAGAGGGAAAGUUGAUUUUGGGGAAAAUAAAGAACGUCUUCGCUCGCUUUUUCUUCACCAGGUAGAUGAUUUUUGGUCGGAAUAUUUAGAGUGUCUAAAUAAAAUUGGUGAACUAGUUCAA